GAGACGUGUGCAAACUAGCUUAGAUGCGUGUGCAAAAUGUGUAAUCUUCAGAAACAAGAGAAGGAAACCGUGUGCAAAACAUAUAAACGACGCGCGAAAAUAAGCGUGGUGAGGGGAGGUCUAGGUGUUUGUGGAGGUGUUGAGGAGGAUGAGCUCAGACAAAUGUUACAAGUGCGGAAUACGGGGACACUUCGCCCGAGAAUGUAAAAGUGAUGGGGGAAGCGGUGGCGGUGGCGGCGGCGGCGGCCGUGGCGGAGGCGGAGGAGGUGGUCCCCGCGGACGAGGAAGAGGCCGUGGUGGAGAUAAAUGCUUCAAGUGCUCUGGUUACGGUCACUUUGCCCGCGAUUGUAAGAACAACUCGGAGCGCUGCUAUAAAUGUAAUUUACUAGGCCACCUUGCGAAGGAUUGCGAGAGCAAUCUUGAUUCAGGGUCCUGCUAUAACUGUGGCAAGACUGGCCACAUCCAGCGCGACUGCACAGAGCCUGUGACCAAGAGUUGCUACAACUGUGGCAGCCCAGGACACAUCGCUCGGGACUGCACCAGCCAAGUGGGUGGGGAUUCUCCCAGCAGACGGGACAAGAAGUGCUACAACUGUGGCGAGUCUGACCAUCUGGCCAGAGACUGUCCCCAGUCAGAGAAAACUGGAAAUUGCUACAGAUGUGGUCAGGCUGGCCACUUUGCUCGUGAGUGCCCCGAAGAAGAGGAGUCUGAAGUCACUUGCUACCAGUGUCAGAACAAGGGCCAUGUAGCUCGCAACUGCCCUGAGGCCUAAACUGGGGCUGUGUGCUGGGGCGGAGAGAGACGGGAACAGCACCACCCAUCCGGGGUUCACCCACAUGGUCCAUUAUCAGCGUUGUUUGUUUUGAAAAUUUGGUUAGGUUUGUUAAUUGCUGUACCUUAAUUCAGGGUUUGGGGAGUUUGAUGUCAUGUCCUGAGUAUUCAUUAUGUUCAAUUGAAACUGUCCAUGAUUUUUGAUAUGUGUGGGUUACAUUGAAUUGUGAUUGGACUCCGAAUUUCUUGACCAUGUGGGUAACACGGAAUGAGCACAAUGUCCCUGUCGAAGUGUACCGUCUGGUUGAGGGUGACGGGGGAGGUGUAUUGACCCCUGUCUGUGCCAGGUUCCACCCCAGUAGGUUGCUGGUGUUGUAGUGUGCAUAUUUUCUGAAUAUUGAAAGGUCUGCAUGUAAAAUGCACAUCAAUUUUCGUGUUGUUGCCAGAUGCAUACAUCGUCAUCUUGUCUUGUGCUUCACGGGUCGUCGCGUAUGAGACCCAGACUAGAGAGCUCGCGUGUUUACCCAGGUUUAAGGUCCUUUCCUUUGUGUUUCAAUUAUGAUCCAAUUGUAUGUAGAGCUGCAGACAAAUUGAACAAUUUUCGUCCCCCAGUUCCGAAUUUGUACCCUUUAAAACUUUACUCAAACAAAAUCUAUUUUCUUCAUCCCUGUUUGCUUCGAUUGGUGUAAAGUUUCAAGGCAACAUAAAAUGCCUUUAGUUAAAUGGUUAUGGAAUAUUUAUUAUGACCUUUGAAUCCUUUGUCUGCAGCAGAUGUGAUUGUUAUUUCAUGAUUAUCAUGCUCAUUCUCACCACUGGGAAACGAAUGGAAUUAACAGAAAUGACCAACCAUGUGGUUUGGAAAUGACAUUGUCCCAGUCAGGUUUUGUGCUUUUCUUUAGUUAUCAACUCGCUGUUUAUUUCUGUAUUUUGAACCUUUUGUCUGUCAACUACUCUGUUGAUUCCCGUUGGUCAGUUUUCGGAAGUGGCAAGCAGGUGGCGUUUACCUCGUGGCCGUGCAUGCAUCAGACGCUGAGGUGUAGUGCGCUAGGAUAGCACACGAUGGAGGAAGGGGCAGAGGGAAGGAGCCGUCAUGGCAGGAAGAGUAGAUUGCUCAAUGUAGUGAAAAAGUAUUGCAGUGGAGAGAUCAGAUGUUUGAAUUGGUCAAUGCAAUUGAGAUAUUGGCUAUAUAAUCAAUAUAGUACAUUUGGAGGGGUCGUGGGUGUCAUUAUCAAAGUCAUUUAUUUGGAGGGAGAAGGAUGAACUGUUUUGGUACUUAUGUACUUAAGACACCCAGAAAACAUUUUUGUUCCUUUGGUCCAAGGGGUCACAUGUCCUUCCACCUUCCAUUGUUUGCAUCCAUAUUGCUGCGCUUGUAUUACCAGGCAGCCAGUGCUGAAGUUGCUUCUUGUUCACUGGACUUCUUACAUUGUCGUGUCUGGCUGACGUAGUCGAGAGAGUGUUAUUACUAUUUCCCAGAGGUUUGAGUGUUUAUUACUGUUUAUUUGACCCCUUCACUCCGAGUGAAGGAGCAGACCCCAUUCCAUUCUCACUGUGUUGCGUUAAUGAUGGGGGCUCAGCCUUAGAAAUUCUACCAAAUAUUGCCCUGAUCCAUAAAACAUAUACUUGUUCUUGACAAGUACAAUUUGAGUAAUUUGAAACAAGUUCUUUCUACUUUGAAUUCUGAACAGAUUAAUUCUCAAAGCUUUAUAAAUAUAAAGAUUGUUUACAGUGUUGCUAAGACAAUUAAGCUGAAUUGAUUCAAUUAUGUUUAUUGAAAACAAUUAAAAUCAUUCUUUUUAUUGGUUAUCUUGGAGUGGAAGAAGCUACACAAUGAAGUCUUGUGAAAUCAAUUUUGCCAUGGUUUAAGUGACUUGGUAAACCAAAAAAGAAUUUCUCGGGCUGGGUGCUCGGGUAUAGUCUCCACACAAGGGAAGAAAUUCAUGGUUCCGAAGUAUGCUUUCAAAGUAUGCUUUCAAUGGCCAAUCUAUUGAGAUGAACAUUGUCAAAAUGUUUUCCUUGCACAUGUAGGACAAAGAGGCUUUAUCCCGAGGCCCCAUGACAGGCAAUUGAGGAUCAAACAUCGAUCUUGUUGUAAGAGCUUUACCCAUCAUGCAAUGUGGAGGCAUCUCUCAGGGUUGACACAGAGACGCAUCGUUGUGGAAAAAGAACCAUCACUUCACAGAUGGCAGCACAUGGAAUAAAAUUAAGAUCCUUACCUUUUAAAUUUGUAAGGGAUAAAUGCAUGUAUUUGUUCUGAUUUGGAAUUUCUUUGUUUUGGGAAAAAUUCUUCAUAUUUAUCGCCAUUGCCAAAAUGACUUAAGUGUCCUUGGAAAAAUGAGAAAAUUGUACUGGCUGGAUACCUUAAACAUUGGCAAGUGGCCGAUCCUUUUCCAGCAAUGAUUUCAGUUUGUUUGUAUCGUGUUUGGUCAGAUGAACUAAUCCUGGUCCACCUGUAUCUGCUGCCCAACUUUGUUGUGAUGGUUUUUCGAGGGCACCACAAGCUUCUCUUCAACCAAGUACAUGGUGAACAAUGUUUAAAUUUGAAGAAUUCGUUGUAUGUUACAUUUUUCUUGCUUGAGAUGAGGUGUUAGUCGGAGGUCUGUGAAAUCAAAGGCAGCAUAGAAGAAGAAUUGAGGUGAAACAGAAACAGUCUGAGACCUCCACCAGCAUAUUUCCAUUAUACCAGCUGGUAGGAGAGAAGUCAGGACUGAGUACCAAUAGUCAAAACAGCAUAUUUUUCAGUAAAAAUGGUCAAAAGAAUUUUAGAUGAAGUGUUAUGCACAAGACACAUUUUUGGAACCUUUUGAUACAAGCAUUGUUGGUAUAUUAACCUUCAAUCCAUCCGUAUCUACAAAAUGUGUAAAUAACAUUUCUAGACAAGAUUUAAUUGAGCUUUAUUGAUUUUUUCAUUGCUGUUCAAUUUGAAAGUGGGUUCACACGUCUGAACCCCAAAGGUAACAUGUAUGUUUGUCAUAGAAGCGCUUGUCAAGGUGUAAUAUCUACUGUAAAUUACAGUGUAAAUGUCAUAAGGUGAAAUGUUUGAAAAAUAUCUUGAGGUUUCAUGUGCACUCAAAACUAUUUUUUAUUUUGGUGAAUUACAAGAAGUGCAUUGAUCUAUGCAUGAAACUUUGUUUGGAGUUUUCUAGUAGAGCCUUAAAGGUGCUAUGUCGCAUAGUCAUGGAAUGGCGGAGUCUCAACACAAAUGAACUGUCAACACAUGUCCUGUGCAUGUUUUGUAUAGAUAAAACACUUAAAAGUACGGAAGACUGAUAAUUUGUGGAUUUCAUCUACAUGUAUCUUUAUUCUGUCAGUCCAACAUUUUGAUACUGAUACAAGUACCUUUAGUGACUAGGAAAAGGACCAAUGUGGUCAUGUUGACUUUGUGUGUAGACUUGGCCAUUCCAUCUGGACGAUCGACUUGAAUAGCUACAGGUUGUUUAGACAGAAGUUUACAAUCUCAGGGUAUAGUAAUAUUAAUCUGAGAAUAAUCUCAGCAAUUAUCAGGCUGGUGAAACAACAUUGAGGUGGUACUGCAAGUUUACAUUUUACUCGGCUGCUGAAUUUCUAGGCGAUGAAAACCUAAGUAUUGAACAUUUUGCAAAUCAAAUUGAAAACAUUAUCAUUGUUAGAUCAUUUGUGAACUUUGGAUGCCAACAUUUUCAGUCCACUGAUUUCUUUUAACAAAUUAUUUUCUCGCUGUCAUUUACAGCCAAUUUCUAACAAAUUGUAAAUGGUAAACCUGUGACUGAAUACAAUUGCAAAAUAAUUUUAUUCAUUUCUAUUUCCUACUUGAAACCAAAGCCAAAGAUGAAUGGUACACCAUAGACCACAAUAUUCAUCAUUCAUAUCUUGCAGUAUUUCAUGUUUCUGUAAAGGUCACUAGGUGACCGCAUUUAGCUAUUUCAAAGCAUUCUCUGUGCCAUUUGCCGAUACGCCAGCCAUAUUUGAGGUUUAGGAGGUGGUUUGGUGAACUAAGUUGUCUCCCCUUUUGGGGGGAGACAACUCAUGGCAGCUGCUAUCUGUAAUGAAGAGAGAGGGGGAGUUUUGUAAAUAAAGUGUUUAUAAUACA